GGGGAGAAACAGAAAAACAACAACAAAGCAAAACAGAACAACACUAGAAAAAACAGAAAACUACAACAUUACAGACCCAAGGGAAACAGCAGCAACAAGGUAAUUAAGGAAAGGCCACACCAAACCGAAACAAAACAGAGCAGAGAGAGGAAACAGGGGUGGAAGGCCCACUUCUUGAGCCAACGGACUUACUUAAACCCGGAUCCAUUUUGUCAAAAAACCCUAGAAGGGCUGGCUCAACCAUCAACAAAAAGCGUAAAAAUAAACUAUACUCUCUAAAACCCUUAUUUUCACUUCUUCCACUUCCUCCAAUGGAGCGAGAUUGGGCGUAUUUAGAUACGGCCGCUCUUGAUUUGAUUGUUAACAAGUUGGAAGAACGGAUAGAUCAUGUUUGGUUCGGUGCCGUGUGCAAGAAUUGGUGCUCAGUUGCAAAGCUUAGCCAUCAAAACAAGCAAUUCAGGAGUAAUGUUCUGCCUAUGCUAUUGAUGCCCACAAAAAGAAAUAGAAGAACCAAGAUAACCAAGAGAAGUUUAUAUAGCAUUCCAGGUAAUAGAGUCUACCCAUUCCCAUUGCCAAUGCCUUGCAAGAAGAGGUUUUGUGGCUUUAGCCAUGGUUGGCUAGCAAUGGUAAGUCAUACUAAACACUACCAUGAGUACUAUCACAUAACUCUAAUGAAUCCUUUUAAAAACGUAGCUCCCAUUGCUCUUCCACCAUUAUAUAAUAUUUCAGGAGUAAAUAGGGUUGUUUUGUCUGUUAACCCCUUAACGGACCCAAAUGACUAUGUGGUUGCUGCAAUUCACGGCUCUUGUGAUCGUCUUUCAUUUAUUAGAGCAGGUAAAAACUACUGGACUCAUGUAGCAGUGGAAAAUAAUUUGUGUUACGCAGAUAUUACAUUUUAUCAAGGUCUAGUAUAUGUUGUGUGUGGGAGGAAGCCGCGUGGCUGGGCCGAUUGGGUCGAUUUUGACAGAAUUAUGUCCUUCAAUCCCUAUUGUUCGGAUGAUCCUUACCCAAGGGUGAAGAUAAUUCCAAAUAUUUUUCAUCAAGAUAAUGAAACUGCAGGCUUUUAUUCCUUGCGUGCCUAUCUUGUUAAGUCAUUAGAAGGAGACCUAUGGAUGGUGAGAAGAAUUUUGCCUUCUCAAUCCAAAAACUGCGAAGAUGUUGAUAAUGUCGCUUUCAACUUAUAUAAGUUGGAACUAGAUGCCCAAAAUGGGAAGGUUUUGCAAAUGCUGAAACUGGAGGAUUUGGGAGAUAACAUUUUGUUUGUAAGUGAUGAUAGUGAUUCAACUGCUGUGUCGUCUUCCUAUUUCUCUAAUUGCCUGCAAAAGGACUCAAUUUACUACACUAAUGAUGUUGGCUCACCAAUUCCUCCCUCUCAUGACCCACUUGAUUUAAGAGUCUAUAAUGUAAAGGAGGGAAGGUUUAUUCAACAUUACCCUUUCAAUAAUCCUUCCUUCAUGCGUGUGUCACCUUCGUUAUGGAUUCUACCAUCAUUCCAAUGGGAUUGAUCAAUGCAACUUGGAGGAUUCUGUUUUUAAAUUUUUAAUGUUUCAUUAUGUUCAUAUUGAUAUUGAUCAAUGCGAUUGAUUGUACCCUUUUAUGCUUGCUACUAAAUGAAUGUUAUUUUACAAAAUUGUUUUA